AUGUGGAGCAUCGGGCUCUUCUCCUGCUCGCUCCUGAGCUUCCUCAACCAGUUCUUCUCCUACCGGACGGAGCCGCUCGUCAUCACCUCGCUCACGGUGCAAGUGGCGUCGCUGCCCAUGGGCCACUUCCUGGCGCGCGUGCUGCCGCGCCGCAAGUUCCGGGCGCCGGGGCUGCUCGGCGGCGGGGAGUGGAGCCUCAACCCGGGGCCCUUCAACAUGAAGGAGCACGUGCUCAUCUCCAUCUUCGCCAAUGCCGGCUACGCCUUCGGCGGUGGCAACGCCUACGCCGUCAUGAUCGUCGACAUCAUCCGCGCCUUCUACGGCCGCUCCAUCUCCUACAUCGCUGCCUGGCUCCUCAUCAUCACCACCCAGGUGCUUGGGUACGGUUGGGCCGGGCUGAUGCGCAAGUACGUGGUGGAGCCGGCGCACAUGUGGUGGCCGAGCACGCUCGUCCAGGUUUCGCUCUUCCGGGCACUGCACGAGAAGGAGGAAUCUCCCAAGGGCUCGCGGCAGAUCUCCCGCUCCAAGUUCUUCCUGGUGGCGCUCAUCUGCAGCUUCGCGUGGUACGUCGUGCCGGGCUACCUCUUCCCGGCGCUCACCUCCAUCUCAUGGGUCUGCUGGGUCUUCUCCAAGUCCGUGACUGCGCAGCAGCUCGGCUCCGGCAUGAAGGGCCUGGGUAUCGGAGCUUUCACGCUCGACUGGUCGGCCGUCUCCUCCUUCCUCUUCAGCCCGCUCAUCUCGCCCUUCUUCGCCACCGCCAACAUCUUCGUCGGCUACUUCUGCUUCCUUUACGUGCUCGUGCCAACGGCGUACUGGGGGAUGAACCUCUACAACGCCAAGACAUUCCCCAUAUUCUCAUCGCACCUGUUCAUGUCUAACGGAUCGGCAUAUCAAAUCACUGACAUUGUGAACCAGCAGUUCCAGCUUGACACGGAGGCGUAUGCAAGGCUCGGAAGGAUAAACCUCAGCACCUUCUUCGCACUGUCUUAUGGGCUCAGCUUCGCCACCAUUGCAUCCACCAUCACGCACGUCGGCAUCUUCUACGGGAAGGAGAUCUACCACCGGUUCCGUGCUUCGCAGCAGGAGGAGCCUGACAUCCACACAAAGCUGAUGAGGAAGUACGACGACAUACCAGCGUGGUGGUUCUACUCACUGACAGUAUUGUCGAUGACAGUGUCCCUCAUCCUCUGCACCGUCCUGAAGGACCAGGUUCAGCUCCCUUGGUGGGGCCUCCUCUUCGCCUGUGGCAUGGCCUUCGUCUUCACGCUCCCCAUAAGCAUCAUUACUGCAACCACUAACCAGACUCCUGGCCUGAAUGUCAUCACUGAAUACGCCAUGGGGCUAAUAAUGCCUGGAUACCCCAUCGCCAAUGUCUGCUUCAAGGUGUACGGCUACAUGAGCAUGUCGCAGGCAGUUGCAUUCCUCUCAGAUUUCAAGCUCGGACACUACAUGAAGAUACCUCCAAGAUCAAUGUUCAUUGUUCAGUUUGCCGGUACACUGGUGGCCGGGACUGUUAACCUCAGCGUGGCAUGGUGGCUACUUGGGUCUGUCGAGAACAUCUGCCAGGACCAACUGCUGCCACCAGACAGCCCAUGGACAUGCCCUGGUGACCGUGUCUUCUUUGACGCAUCGGUCAUCUGGGGCCUUGUUGGCCCGAAGCGCAUUUUCGGGCCACAUGGUAACUAUGAAGCCGUCAACUGGUUCUUCCUCAUCGGCGCAGCAGGCCCUGUCAUCGUGUACAUCUUCCACAGGAUAUUUCCCAGUCAGAGGUGGAUACUGAUGAUAAACCUGCCGGUGCUCAUCGGCGCUACAGCCAACAUGCCACCAGCAACAGCCGUGAAUUACAACUCAUGGCUGCUGAUAGGCACCAUCUUCAACUUCUUCGUGUUCCGGUACCGGAAGAAGUGGUGGCAGAGGUACAACUACAUCCUCUCUGCCGCGCUCGAUGCAGGCGUCGCGUUCAUGGCAGUGCUGCUGUACUUCACACUGACCAUGGAGAACCGGACAGUCAACUGGUGGGGCACGGCAGGUGAGCACUGUCCUCUGGCCUCAUGCCCCACUGCUAAAGGGGUGGACUUGGGCCCGGAUAGUGUGUGCCCUGUGUUCUAA